GCUGUCACAGGGUUUUGUGCGUCGGCGCGGGCGCUCUGGGCCGGAAUUCUCAGCACAAUGUGUCUCGAUGAAGAAGGGGCUGGCGCGUUUCCAUGCCUACGGCAUCCACACAGAGACGGAGAGGUGUCGGGUGCCCCCGCGACAAAAGAAUUCCGUACGCCCCGAAGCACCACAACGCCAUGACGUCGAGGGAGUCGAGUUUCCGACAACCCCACCACACGGACCAUGUUGAAACCGAAUGUGGGAGACGCGCCAUGUCGUCGCCCGAUGCAAUUCGCAAGGUCCUUGCCAUGGAUGCAGAAAGUUUGACGUGCGUUGUGGAAUUGUACGCAUCCAUGUACACAUUGGUAUGGCCCCCCCCCGCCGAGCUUCGCCCAAAUGCAAUCGAAGUUUUCGUUUUUGCGCUGUGCGUUUACACGUUGCCCCUGUAAUCGUACAAGCCCACGUCCUCGCUUGCUUCAAGAAUGCCAAGCAGGCACUGACCUUUCUUCUCCCCUGUGACGCCAGUGUUGACUCCCAUACACAGUGCCUGCCAUCCAUGCCCCGACCCCCCCUCGUGCCCGAAACACUUGAACCAAUGCGCGAGACGGUUGCAGAGGUCGCGGGUUGCGUACUUGACAACUCUCUGGGGCGGUCAUUGCGUCGAACGGAAUAAAAGAGCGUGCUCCAUAACCCUGUGUGCCUGUGUGGCUGGCUUCGUGUGCCAUAACAUCGCCAGGGCUUCGCUGAACGAAUGACGUGUCUGACCAGGCUUGGAAACUCCUCAAGGCGAGAGGGGGUCGUCCACUUUGACCGGUGUCUGUGGUCUUUGCAGGGUCAUGGCACCUUUCGUUCCACGAAGGAGAAUCCCACGAAGACAGAGCGCCAGCGAUCGCCCCGUC